GGGGGGGGGGACCGGACCGGAAGUGACGUACAGGCUUCCGGUUGGCCGGAGCCCAGCGACGGGUGUGAGAGUCGGUCAGGAGCCGCUUCCAGGAUCCGGAGAAGCCGGGGUCGGAGCGGUUUUGUAGGCUGAAAGUCCAAGAUCAAGGUGCCUUGAUCAAGCAGGGUUGAUUUCUGCUCCUCAAGAGUUACUGAUCUGUGAAAUGGCAGAGAAUGGAAAAAAUUGUGACCAGAGGCGUGUAGCAAUGAACAAGGAACAACAUAAUGGAAAUUUCACAGACCCCUCUUCAAUGAAUGAAAAGAAGAGGAGGGAGCGGGAAGAAAGGCAAAAUAUUGUCCUGUGGAGACAGCCACUCAUUACCUUGCAGUAUUUUUCUCUGGAAACCCUUGUAAUCUUGAAGGAAUGGACCUCAAAAUUAUGGCAUCGUCAAAGCAUUGUGGUGUCUUUUUUACUGCUGCUUGCUGUGCUUAUAGCUACGUAUUAUGUUGAAGGAGCACAUCAACAGUAUGUGCAACGUAUAGAGAAACAAUUUCUUUUGUAUGCCUACUGGAUAGGCUUAGGAAUUUUGUCUUCUGUUGGGCUUGGAACAGGGCUGCACACCUUUCUGCUUUAUCUGGGUCCACAUAUAGCCUCAGUUACAUUAGCUGCUUAUGAAUGCAAUUCAGUUAAUUUCCCUGAACCACCCUAUCCUGAUCAGAUUAUUUGUCCAGAUGAAGAGGGCCCUGAAGGAACCAUUUCUUUGUGGAGUAUCAUCUCGAAAGUUAGGAUUGAAGCCUGCAUGUGGGGUAUCGGUACAGCAAUUGGAGAGUUGCCUCCAUAUUUCAUGGCCAGAGCAGCUCGCCUCUCAGGUGCUGAGCCAGAUGAUGAAGAGUAUCAGGAAUUUGAAGAGAUGCUGGAACAUGCAGAGUCUGCACAAGACUUUGCCUCCCGGGCCAAACUAGCAGUUCAAAACCUAGUACAGAAGGUUGGAUUUUUUGGAAUUUUGGCCUGUGCUUCAAUUCCAAAUCCUCUAUUUGAUCUGGCUGGAAUAACAUGUGGACACUUUCUAGUACCUUUUUGGACCUUCUUUGGUGCAACCCUGAUUGGAAAAGCAAUAAUUAAAAUGCAUAUCCAGAAAAUUUUUGUUAUAAUAACGUUCAGCAAGCACAUAGUGGAGCAAAUGGUGGCUUUCAUUGGUGCUGUCCCCGGCAUAGGUCCAUCUCUGCAGAAGCCAUUUCAGGAGUAUCUGGAGGCUCAACGGCAGAAGCUUCACCACAAAAGCGAAAUGGGCACACCACAGGGAGAAAACUGGCUGUCCUGGAUGUUUGAAAAGUUGGUAGUUGUGAUGGUGUGUUACUUCAUUCUAUCUAUCAUUAACUCCAUGGCACAAAGUUACGCCAAACGAAUCCAGCAGCGGUUGAACUCAGAGGAGAAAACAAAAUAAGCAGAGCAAGUUUUAAACUGCAGAAAUUGGAGUGGAUGGGUUCUGCCUUAAAUUGGGAGGACUCCAAGCCAGGAAGGAAAAUUCCCUUUUCCAACCUUUAUCAGUUUUUAAAACUUUUUUCCUGAACGCAGUUUAGUCCAUACUUUGCACUGACAUACUUUUUCCUUUGUGUCCUAAGGUAAGGUAUCCACCCUCAAUCCAGUCCACCUUGUGUUUUCUUAGGGUGGGAUGUGAUGUGCAGCAGCAAACUUUGCAACAGAGACUGGCCUUCUGUUUGUUACUUUCAAAAGGCCCACAAGAUACAAUUAGAGAAUUCCCGCCACACAGAAAAAGUUCCUAAGUAUGUGAAAUAUGUCAGGCUUUUUAGGCGUGUCACAAAUGAUUGCUUUGUUUUCCUAAGUCAUCAAAAUGUAUAUAAGUUACCUAGACUGGAUAACAGUCUUGCAUGUUUAUCAUGUUUCAAUUUAAUAUUCCAUCCUGCCCAACCCUCUCCCACCCUCAAAAGAGGGCCAUUUUAUGAUGCAUUGCACACACUCUGGGGAAAUUGUUCUUUAAAUUUUGAGACAGUAUAAGGAAAAUCUGGUUGGUGUCUUACAAGUGAGCUGACACCAUUUUUUAUUCUGUAUAUUUAGAAUGAAGUCUUGAAAAAACUUUAUAAAGACAUCUUUGAUCAUUCCAAAAUUGUGUCCGUUUUCUUGAGCGUUUUUGAUUUUUUACUUUUAGCUUAUAGCAGCUGAAUGGCAGUCUUGCCUAAUCCACCUACAUCAAGAAUUUCUUAAGCCUUCAUUUAUUUGCAUGAGACAGCCUCAAGACAUGUUUUGUUAUGCUGAAACUGGGCUGCUACAUACUGCUAAAGUGGUAUCUCUGGAAUCAGCCUACCUGGGGAUUUCUUGGUUUGUGAACACAGGAGAGGAGAGACACCUCAUACACAUGAGAAAGGAUACUGAAGAGAAAAAUUACGCAUUUCUUUAAAAAAAAAAAAAUGCACGCUCUGUCAUAUCUGUGUUUUCUAGCAUGUACUCUGGUUUCAACAGACACAAAUGUAUAUGUAACCCAGUUUUCUUGCCUUUCUGUAAGUGUUUUAUUCUUAAUGUGAUUUUUUUUUUUCCGUUGAGAUGUUUUUGAUUGAACUUGUUUAUUUUGUUUUGCUUGGGAGGAAAAUAAACAAUUUUAUUUUUUUUCUUUAGGAAAAUUGAUAUUGAGCAUUGUGUCAGAAUAGAAUAGAAUUGGGGUUUGAUCUCAACAGGCCAGAAAUGCCUUUUUUUUUUUUUUUUUUAAAUCCUGCCUGAAUGUCUGCUUGUUUUGCCUACCAUCAUCGUGACAUCUCCAUGGCUGUACCACCUUGUCAGGUAGCUUAUCAGACUGAUGUUGACUGUUGAAUCUCAUGGCAACAGCAGUCGAUGGGCUGUCUGACAUUUUGGUAUCUUUCAUCUGACCAUCCAUAUCCAGUGUUCUCAUUCAAACAUUACUGCAUCAUGGUUUAUGAUCAGAAACUCUGGUCCAUCUGUCUAGUGGCACUUUGAGUCUUUCAUGCUAUAAAUGCAGCAUAUGGAGGGAGGAUUUUAUGGGGAAAUGCGUUUCAGAACUCUUUCACCUGUAUUUAUUUGGUGUUUGAAGAAAGGAAAGAGGAAAGCAAAUACGAAUUGUACUAUUUGUACCAAAUCUUUGGGAUUCAUUGACAAAUUCAUUUCAGGGUGGUGUAUUAUUAAAAAGAAACAAACAACCUUGUUUCCUAAGCUGAAGGUCUAGUUGAUACAUCUGAUUGUGAUGACUGUUUAUGCACUAUCUUUCAAAUGAAUUUGCUUUCAAAAAAAUGAAGAGCAGCUUUCCUUCUUUCCUCUUUUAAGUGUUCAGGUGUGGCAUGCCCAGAGGUUCCUGCUGGAUUCCAUCUGGAGUGGUGUGGUGCCCUUCUUUUUCAGCUGCUCGCGUCUUCCUUUCUUGUAUCUACCAAAGUGGAGACAACUACAUGAACCCAAAGAUACACAGUACCUACUGAAUUCCAACUGACAGAGACCAGAGAGUUUGCAAGUGGAUGGUUUGUUAUCACUGUAAAUAAAAAGAGGGCCUCGGAAUUCUUGCCAUUC